AUGUUGAAAUUCUCAAAUGUUUCUUCUUUCUGUUCACUCCUCCUCCUCGUCUUCUUCAUCAGUUCUCAACCUGCACUCUCACUCCGUGUCCCAAAACCACAAUCAGAAACAGCAUCACCUCAAACCAUAAACGAUGAUUCGUCUUCAAUGGGAAUGAUGGACCAUGCAAAAUCCAUGAUUGCUGGAUUCUUCAGCCACAAGUUUCCAUUAAUGGGUUGGCCUUACCCCAAGUACCCACCUUUCACAAUGGUUAACCCUAACAUCCCAACAAACCCAUCUGGAGCUCAAGAGGAAUCAGAGAAGUUACCUUCUUCCCCAAGCAACAACAAAGAUGGAGGAAACGCAUGA